AUGGCUUCUCUCCGCCGCCUUGCAAAGGAUCAUGCGGCGCUAAGGGCUGCGCUACCUCCAAAUUACCUGUUCCCAUACGCCGACGACAAUGGUUCAUCGCAUCAGGACGAUCUCACGCAACUUUUCGUCUAUAUCACCGGCGCCGAGGGCACACCCUACGCCGAAGGAUUGUGGCGUCUACAUCUGAAAAUACCCUAUGACUACCCCAAAAGCGCUCCAAGAGCGACCUUUCAGACCCGAAUAUACCACCCCAAUGUUGAUCCCACCACAGGAGCGGUGUGCCUAGAGACGUUAAAAAGAGACUGGGAUCCAAAGUUGACGCUGAAGGACAUCCUCAUCACCAUAUCAUGCUUGUUGAUUCAACCCAAUCCUGACUCUGCAUUAAAUGCAUCUGCAGGCACUGACAUCCAAGAUGACUACGACUCUUUUGUCACCAAGGCGCAGAUGAUGACAAGAAUCCAUGCACCCAUUCCGAAACAUUUGGAAGAUGCUGUUCAGGAAGCGAAGCGCCGAGGGGAGGAGCCUGCGCAUAGACCAACAGAGAAACAGUCGCCUUCUCGAGGAAAACCUGCAGAGGACGACACGAAGGAGAAUGAACCUGGCCAGUCGAACGCAGCAGCCAAAGGUCCAACGACAGGGAACAAAGAGAAACGGCCCCUCUCGGAAACAGCGUUGUUCGACGCAAAUGAUACGCAGGAACGGUCUGAUGGAGUUGAAGAACCGAAACGAAAGUCGCCCCGAACAACGCGGACGUCUGCGCCUGACCAGACAGAGGCCAUUCCUUCAAAUGUGGCUGAUGGCCUAACCGCACAAAAAAUCAAAGGUGAAGAGCAAGGUGACAUGACACAUAACAAGCUAAAUCUUCACUGGGACUUGCUGGCGUCGAAGUCGACCGCAACACGAAAAGUUUCCAACACGAGCGCAGCAAAGAAGAAGCUGCCGCGAAUAGGCCUUCGCAGACUUUGA